GGCCUCUCUUGUAGGACCCUCCUCCUAGGGCAAUGGUCAUUUCACCGUCGGUUUGCAGUGAGCGGUGGCCCACGCAUACCAGAGGCAUGGCAGCCGGCAUAGAUUCGUUAAGUCGGUGCCUAGAGCGCUAUCUACCUGCAGAGCAACUCGGAGAAGUGAAGCGGAUACUCUACGGGGAACACGUCAGGCCACUGGAUUUGCCUUCUGUUGCUACAUCAGCAGCUGCUGAAAGGAACUUUGAACUACUGGGCUAUGGAUUUCAAGCUGAAUCAGAACAAUUGAGGCAGCCACGUGUUGUCCGGGUGGGAUUGAUUCAAAAUAAAAUUCCACUCCCCACAGAUGCACCCGUUGCUGAGCAGGUAGCUGCCCUGCACAAGCGCAUAGAAGAGAUUGUGGAGGUGGCAGCAAUGUGCAAGGUGAAUGUAGUCUGUUUCCAGGAAGCCUGGACAAUGCCUUUUGCUUUCUGUACAAGAGAGAGGCUUCCUUGGACAGAGUUUGCUGAAUCAGCAGAAGAUGGCCCAACAACAAGAUUCUGCCAGAAGCUAGCCAAGAAAUACAAUAUGAUUGUGGUGUCUCCAAUCCUGGAAAGAGAUGAUGUUCAUGGAGGAACUCUGUGGAAUACUGCAGUGGUAAUUUCAAACUCUGGUGCUGUCCUUGGAAAAAGCAGGAAGAAUCACAUCCCACGGAUUGGAGACUUUAAUGAGUCAACCUACUACAUGGAAGGGGACAGAGGACAUCCAGUGUUCCAGACUCAGUUUGGAAAAAUUGCUGUCAAUAUUUGCUUUGGGCGCCAUCAUCCCCUCAACUGGCUCAUGUACAGUUUGAAUGGAGCAGAGAUAAUCUUUAAUCCUUCUGCAACUAUUGGGAAACUGAGUGAAUCUUUGUGGCCCAUUGAGGCAAGAAACGCCGCCAUUGCUAACCAUUGCUUCACCUGUGCCAUCAACCGAGUAGGAACGGAACUUUAUCCAAAUCCCUUUACAUCAGGAGAUGGAGGAGAUGCUCAUCAUGAUUUGGGUCAUUUUUAUGGCUCAAGCUAUGUGGCCUCCCCAGAUGGGAGUCGAACCCCUGAACUUUCCCGCACCCAGGAUGGCCUUUUGGUGGUUGAGAUGGACUUAAAUCUUUGUAGGCAAGUUGGUGACAAAUGGAAUUUUAAGAUGACCGGGAGGUACGAGAUGUAUGCCAAGGAACUUGCUGCAGUAGUACAGCCUAACUUUGUACCUAAUGUUAUCCAUGAGUGAUUUUUCUUUGGAGCAAUUUUUUCUUUACCUACUCACAUGGAGUAGGGGAAGUAUACUUCCUUUUCUCUUUCAGACAUGAUCUCUGUCUCUUGGUAACAUUCCUCCAGGGAGAAUGCCUCAAAAGGCAUGAAUCAGUUAGCUAAUAGCAAUCUUGACUCCCACUCCAUUUGAAUGGAAGGUGCAUCCCUAUGCAACACAGAAUACUUUCAAAAACAUCUUCAGACAGCUGGCAUGAAAGUCUUCUCACCAUUUUCAAAGGAGCCCCAUUGUGAACUGUAGGGCCUGUUCAGUCAUGUUGCAUUUUUUAUACAAGGUCCAUAGGCUUUUAAAAUAUGUAUAAAGGUAAAGGUAGUCCCCUGUGCAAGCACCGAGUCGUUACCAACCCAUGGGAUGAUGUCACAUCAAGACGUUUUCAUGGCAGACUUUUACAGGAUGGUUUGCCAUUGCCUUCCCCAGUCAUCUACACUUUACCCCCAGCAAGCUAGGUAUACUGUGGUUUUAAAACCACCGUUGUUUAGGGCAGCUUCAAAGAAAUGUUUUGAUCUAGGGUUGCCUGAAGGAUAGAAGGUAGGGUUGCCAGUGACCUGGAGGGAGAAAGAAUAUCUUCCCCUUUUAAAAAAGCUCCAUGUUCAGAAAUAGACAGUUGAAGCUUUUUCAUGGCACAGAGGUAACUAACAUCACCUGAUAAAUAAUAAUUUGAAAAAGGGCAGGACAUUUUUCUUCUUGUAGUUGGAGGGCUGGAAGCUUACAAUGGAACAGGUUUUUCAAAUGUUUCACAUAAUAGCCCUAAUCAGCCUUUGAUCACUGGCCUACGUAACUCAGUUUUGUUGUUUAGUUGGCAGUGGUUCUCUGGCAGUUUUCUCAAAACAUGCCAUCCAAAAGACUUCUUUAAUUUAAUAUUCAGUUUUUGCUUGCCAAGCAGGUGCUCAGAGGUAACUAAAAUCACCUGGUAAAUCAUAUUUUAUAAAAAGGCAGGAGAUUGCCCCCCCACCUCAAUUGUUGGAGGGCUGGAAGCUUAUAAAGGAAAAGUUUUUUCACACGUUUCACAUAAUGGCCUUAAUCAGCCUUUGACCACUGGUCUAUGUAGUUUUGUUCUGAUUAGUUGGCAGUGGCUCUCUGGUGGUUUUCUCAAAACAUGCUAUUCAAAAGCCUUCUUUAAUUAGUAAUCAGUUUUUGCAUGGCAAGGAGGUGCAUUAUGAGAGCCAUGGCUCCUCCCCAGUUUUAAUGAAAGGUUUUUACCCACUUGGGGAGCCCCCACCUCAUCCUUCCUCAGCAGAGUAUCUAAAGUGAAGACAAAAGGGAGGCACCUACUCCAUAAAUAAAACCUCAUCAGGAUCAAAGUGAAGACUGUGCAGUGCUGAUGACCUGCAGCAGCUAGAAAUGGGGGCUGCAUCUGUGUAUACCUUGUGGAAUGUUUCUGCUACAGCUUUCUAAAAGUGAUACAAAAGCCAUUUAAAUGACCUGUGUAAAUUACAUAUCCCCUCGAUUCUUCCUGUCCUCUACCCGAUGAGGUACUUGGUGCUGAAGACUGAAUUUUGAAGUUUCCUUUUUAGAAACUAUUCACCACUGUGAAGCCUUUCAGCUUCUCUGAAAGAAGGAAGCGGCAUGCAUUUUGCUCUUGGAUUACAACUUAAACCUUUAUUGAGAGUGAUUUAAUUACAAAGUAUAUUUUCCAUAUAAAAUUUCUCUAUGUAAAAUAUUCCUUUUAUUAUGGACAAGAGUGAAUGAAGGCCUGUUGUAACAAAUAAUUUGUUUGAAUUCAGCAACCCAAUAACAAGAAAAGAGUGAGGUUUAGAUCUGUUUCCUAACUCAGGAUCGCCUUUGAUUUUGCACUGAAUCCAUUGCUUGCUUUUUUAGGCUUGUACCUGGUGUAUGCUUAAGAGACCUUAAUGGUGGAAGUGCACAUUCAGCUUUCUUUGUACAAUGCAGAAACGAGUUUGCUGCUUGUACCCUCCCCAGUAGUAGCUUCUGUUCUGUUAUUAAGCCACUAUCUGAAGAGAGGGGUUUUUGUUUUAACUGGCUGUAAAGGCCAAUCUUCCAGGGUCACUUCCUUCAUCACAUCAAGGAAUGAGGUAGUCAUAUCUACCAAUAAUUCAUCAUACAUCUCUUGGCUUAUGUGAAAGGUCUGAGUAAGAAUCAGCAAGCAAUUCUACUUAUAUUAACAAGUGCAUUUAAAUCCUGCAUCUUUUACAGUGCUAGGACUCCUGUCUAGGGAUAUGCAUUCAGUUCAGCUCAACUGAAUACAACCCCGAAUAACAACUGAUUUGGCUGUAUUUGGCUCUGUAUAUAGAUGAAUCAGAUUCUCUGAUCUGAUUCAGCUGCUGAAUACAGCAAUGCCAAAAACUACUGAAUCUAUUCAGCAACUAUUUCUCUCCAUUAUACCCUAUGGGCCAUUGAAGUCAGUGGCAAAAUAGGGUAUAAUGAAUGGGGGGAAGGGAUUUGAGGGAGAGGCACCAAAUUUGCAGGCGACUGCAGGAGCCUCUCCCCCAGAGAACCCCAAGUUUCAAAAAGAUUGGACCCCAAAGUGGUUGUCCCCAUUCCUCAUUGUUUCCUAUGAUGGGGAAAACUUGUAAAUGUAGGCAGCAGUCAGAUUCUCCUAGAGAAUCAAUUCAGUGGAAAGUCAACUGUGGUGAGGAUGCUUGUUUGCAAGGUGCAUAACAAUGCUAUGUGCCCAGCAGAACAAGUGCUACUGUGGCAGUGCCAGUGCCACACACACAGGACUUUAGUUCAAAUCAGGUUUGUAAUUCAGAGAGAUUCUCAGAUUUGAACUACAGUCCUAUGUGUGUGGCUACCAAAUCUGAUAUUCAGAGAUAUCCCUCCCCUCCCCCCCAAAAUUUUGCCCCCCAAAUCUGAAUUCUACCCAAUUUUUUUCCCACAUCCCUACUCCUGGACUUUAAAAUAAAAAAAUGGCCCUUUAGUAUUAUUAGCCUUAAAAGACUUCAGCAAUGCCUUAAGCAAAAAUGACUAUUUUCCCCUUUACUGUUGAAAGUAUACACCAUUUUAACUAACAAAGCAUAAAUGAUAUUAGAAGACCGUCCUUUUGCCUGUUGUAGUUUUCAGAUCCUGCCCUCCCUGCAAUUCCCUUUGCUCUCCUUGCCCCCUCAAACUCCUUGUGAGCAGUCUCUUAAUAGAAGAGCUGUAGGUAAGACAAGGAAUUCAGAAAACCCAAGUGACACAGAACUCUUUGGAUCCUGCCAUAAAAGGUCACAACAGCAGGAGAGAAAUGUUUACCCUUUUCUUAAGGUUUUUGCUUCUAGUGCAAUGGGGUUCUUUGUUUUUUCCAGAUUAUUUAGAGCACUUGUCUUACCACAUUCACUUUCUGGGGUGGAUAAGAUUUUGAACCCAAACAACAUGGCACUUAAUAGCACACACUUCUUUAAAAAUCUACAAGUGAAGCUUUGCCACUGGUGUCUCCCUAUUUCAGUUGUCUCUCAUUGCCAGAAUUUUGUUUUUUCUUCACUGGCUAAUGUGUCACCACCAAUUCUCUGUAUUUGCAAUACUUUCAAAUAAAGUACACAGUGGGUUAUGCUGUA